GUGUCGGCAGAGAGCAGCUGUGCUCCCUCUCUGUCUGCUUCAUGUGAUGCUGAUCUGUCACAGUGGUUUACCAGGACUAAGGCUAACUGGUGCACUUCUUGGGAUUCACUUGAUACCAUGUCUCUGUACAGAAAUGCCAUCUGGUUUUGGAAUGGAAUCCACCAAUAUACAAGGAGGGGAUAUGAGGCAGCAUUUAAACACUUCAAGCCCCAAGACCUGGAUGUGUCCGUCGUGGGAAGGUCUUUUAUGAUCACCGGAGCCAACAGUGGGAUUGGCAAGGUGACAGCCAUGGCUAUAGCCAAGAAAGGUGGGACAGUCCACAUGGUGUGUAGGAACAGAGAUAAAGCAGAAGAAGCCAGGGCGGACAUCGUCAGGGAGUGUGGGAACACAGAAGUAUACAUCCACAUCGUGGAUAUGUCAGAGACAUGCCAAGUCUGGGAGUUUGCAGAGGCCUUCAGGAAGCAGUAUUCAGCCUUGAAUGUGUUGAUAAAUAAUGCAGGCUGCAUGGUGCAUAAGAGAGCGGUGAAUGCUGAGGGCCUGGAGAAGAACUUUGCCACCAACACUAUGGGGGUGUACAUCCUCACCCAGACUCUCAUACCACUUCUACAGAAGAGCCGGGAUCCAAGGGUGAUCACCGUGUCCUCGGGAGGCAUGCUGGUGCAGAAACUCAGAGUUAAUGACUUGCAGUCAGAGAAGGGCUACUUUGAUGGCCUCAUGGUCUACGCCCAGAACAAGAGACAGCAGGUGGUGCUGACACAACAGUGGGCCAAAGCUAAUCCGGUCAUUCACUUCUCUGUGAUGCAUCCAGGCUGGGCAGAUACACCAGCUGUUUCUACAUCAAUGCCUCAGUUCCACCAGAUGAUGGGUGAGAGGCUGCGCGGCGUGGAGCAGGGAGCCGACACUGUGUUGUGGUUGGCCUUGUCCAAAGCCGCAGCCAGGACACGCAGCGGCCAGUUCUUCCAAGAUCGUACGCCCGUUCCUGCCCACCUGCCUCUGGCCUGGACUCACAGCUCUGCUGAAGAGAUUCAACAUUUCAUGACUCAGCUGGAGACUUUGGCCAGAGCCAUUCAGUCACAACCUGAUGUAGAGCUCAACGGGCCUUCCAGACCUCAUUUUGUCUGAAUCCUGAUACAAAUGUUACACCAUAUGUAACCGGCCCAUUAAAGCAUUAGAUAAAAUGAGAUCAAUUUCUCAAAAUGUUCACAUAUUUGCCAUGGUUAGUCUUGUUUGUCUAAUGUAAUUCCUAAUUCUAGACAGGACAGGUCAUAGGUCAAUGUCACAUGAGUUAUCUGUGAUGUCAAUAUGAGGUAACUGGACUAUCCGCACUGAAAAUAUCACAAACUAUUGAUUUAAAGACAAAAGUAAUUGAUUUGGAUUGACUAUCUUAUCAUUAGCAGUUACUGAACACAUGUAAAAUCGUACCUGUCUAUUAUCCAGAUGUAAAACAACAUGUAUUGGGUUAUCUGCUGGAUGUGAUUGUGAUUUUUAACUUGUAACUGUAACAAUCCUCACAAGGAGACAAUAUCAAAAUAUUGUAUUUUUCUUCAUGUAAUAAAGAAGAACAUUUUAACCGGA